AUGGAGUCAGGAGAGAGGUGCCCUCAGCAGAUAAGGCAAGUGCUGCUUUUCUUUGUUUUCCUGGGAGGGUCUUUGGUGUGUUCAGAGCCCUGGCGCUAUUCUAUAUCAGAGGAAAUGGAAAUUGGCUCCUUUAUAGCCAAUGUGGUGAAAGAUACAGGUUUGGGUGUUGAAGACUUGGUUGCACGGGGGGCAAGAGUCAUCUUUGAUGACCAUAAACCAUAUUUACAGUUGGAUCAGCAGACUGGCAACUUGCUCUUAAAUGAACAACUGGACCGGGAGGCACUUUGCCAUCUCACAGAACCAUGUAUAUUGCAUUUCCAGGUAUUAUUUGAAAAUCCUUUACAGUUUUUUCGGGCUGAGCUUUGGGUCAAUGACAUAAAUGAUCAUACCCCUGCAUUCCUAGACAAACAUAUACUUCUGAAAAUCUCAGAAGGUACUGCUCCAGGAGCCUCAUUUCCAAUGGACAGUGCCCAGGACUUGGAUGUAGGAAAGAAUGGUGUCCAAAACUACACAUUAAGCCCCAAUCCUUAUUUCCAUCUUAAAUUACAAGACAGUGAUGAUGGAAGAAAAUACCCAGAGCUGUUCCUGGACCAAUCUCUGGAUCGAGAAAAGGAAUCUGAGUUUACAUUAAUUGUAACAGCUUUGGAUGGCGGGUCCCCGUCCAGGUCUGGAACUACAGUUGUUCGUAUUUUGGUCUUCGAUAUCAAUGACAAUGCUCCAGAGUUUGAGAGGUCUGUCUAUGAGGUUCAGGUACCAGAAAACAGCCCUCUGGACUCCUUGGUCGUUAGGGUGUCUGCUACAGAUUUGGAUGCGGGAAUAUAUGGAGAACUAUCAUACUCAUUUUCCCAUGUCUCCAGAGACAUACGGAAAACAUUUGAAAUCCAUCCAAUUUCUGGUGAAAUCCGCUUAAAAGCGCUUCUGGAUUUUGAAUUAAUUCAGUCAUUUACAAUAAAUAUUCAGGCAACAGAUGGUGGUGGCCUUUUGGGAAAAUCAGCAGUUUUAGUUCAGGUUGUGGAUGUGAAUGACAACCCACCAGAAAUAGUCAUGACAUCUCUUACCAGCCCCAUACCAGAAAAUUCGUCGCCUGAGAUGGUGGUCGCUAUUUUCAGUGUAAGAGACCAAGAUUCUGGGGACAACGGGAGGAUGGUGUGCUCAAUUGAGGACGAUCUCCCCUUUCUCCUGAAGCCUACCUUCAAGAAUUUCUACACUCUGGUAGCAGGACUCCCACUGGACAGAGAAAGCCAGGCCGAGUACAACAUCACCAUCACCGUCACCGACUUAGGGACCCCCAGGCUGAAAACGCAGCACAACAUAACCGUGACGGUCUCCGACGUCAACGACAACGCCCCCGCCUUCAGCCAAACCACCUACACCCUGCGCGUCCGCGAAAACAACAGCCCCGCCCUGCACAUCGGCAGCGUGAGCGCCACGGACAGGGACUCGGGCGUCAACGCCCAGGUGACCUACUCGCUGCUGCCGCCCGCGGACCCGCAGCUGCCUCUGGCCUCCCUGGUGUCCAUCAACGCGGACAACGGGCAGCUGUUCGCGCUCAGGUCCCGGUUCUGAGCGCUUUCCAGGCGUUCGGUCGGCGUCUGCGGCCCGCUGACCCGACCAGCGGCUUCAGCAGCUCAACAUGCGAAGCGGUCUGGCGUGCUGGUACUUCUGGACCCUAGCGAUGUAGCGCCCGCCGUGCUGUACCCGCCGCAGAACGGCUCUGCGCCCUGCACCGAGCUGGUGCCGUCCGACCGAGCGAGCUACCUGUGUUAAAGGUGGUGGCGAUUGAAUGGCCGGCAUUCAGACCAGAACGCCUGGCUGUCGUACCAGCUGCUCAAGGCCACGGAGCCCGGGCUGUUCGGCGUGUGGGCACCUAGCGGCGAAGAUGCGCUACGGCCCGACUGCUAUCCAGGCCUUGGCCUUAAGCACAGGCUAAGUGGUGCUGGUCGAGACAAUGGCAACCUUUCGACCAGCGUCACGCUGCACGUGCUGCUGGUGGACGGCUUCUCGCAGCCCUACCUGCCGCUCCCGGAGGUGGCCGGCGGCGGCGGCGGCGAGGCCUGACGGGCGACCCGCCUCACCGUCUACUUGGUCGUCGCCUUGGCGUCCGUGUCGUCGCUCUUCCUGUUCUCGGUGCUGGUGUUCGUGGCGGUGCGGCUGUGCAGGCGGAGCCGGGCGGCGUCUGCGGGUCGCUGCUCGGGGCCUGAGGGCCACUUUCCGGGCCACCUGGUGGACGUCAGCGGCGCGGGGACGCUGUCCCAGAGCUACCAGUAUGAGGUGUGUCUGCGGGGAGGAUCGGGGACCAGUGAAUUCAAGUUCCUUAAACCCGCUACCCCCAACGUCUCUCCCCCAGAAGGUAAAAUGGAGGAAAGCCACACCUUUCUGAAUGGCUUUGAGUUCAUUUAG